GGGGCCUGGCAAGGUGUGAUAGGUGUUCGGUGAGUGUGGGGCCACACACACACACACACACACACACUGAGCUGUCCGGCGUUGCCCCUAAAAGCAAAGAGGCGAAACAUGCUAAUCACUACUAUCAGCACCACCACAGCCACCGCACGUCGCAGCGCGCUCUUACUCCGUCCCCCACUGACUCCGGGCUCGCGCUUCGCUCCUGAAACUCUGCUCCGUGACGCUAAAAUAAGCUCGUGCAGCCAUGCCGAAAGCAGGAAAACAGGAGGAGCGGUAUUUUUAGCGCCGUGCGCUUCGCACCACGUGCCCCCGAGGUAAACCGGAUGGCCAUUGCGCGAAGGUCGCUUGUCAGUAUGGUCCGCGAGGCCAGCGCGCGCUGGCCGCUCGCCGCUGUGCUCUUCCUGGGCUUGCUGACCGGGAUCGGGCCGCCCAGCGCCAGCGCCACCAACGGGACUUGGCCCGAGCGCCGCUGGGAGAGCCUGCUGUCGCGCUCUGUGCUGGCCAUCUCGGGCGAGAGGGCGGACACGAGCUGGGAGAGCGACUAUUUGCUGGGCAUCAAGCGCGUGCGACGGCUCUACUGCAACGUGGGCAUCGGGUUUCACCUGCAGGUCCUCCCAGAUGGCCGGAUCAGCGGUGUGCACGACGAGACCCAGUACAGUCUGAUCGAGAUUUCUGCGGUGGAGCGCGGGGUGGUGAGUCUGUACGGCGUGAAGAGCGAGCUGUUCGUCGCCAUGAGCAGCAGGGGAAGACUGUACGGAACGCCCACCUUUAAAGACGAGUGCAAGUUCAAGGAGACCUUGCUGCCAAAUAACUAUAAUGCCUACGAGUCUUCCGUUUACAAGGGAUUCUAUAUCGCUCUCAGCAAACAUGGCAGAGUGAAGAGAGGCAACAAGGCCAGCACCUCCAUGACAGUCACUCACUUCCUCCCUCGAAUAUGAGCAAGACUGGCAGAAGCGCUCUCGUUUUGCACAUGUGGUUUGCUCUCCAACAUGGGAGACUCGAAACGAUGAAUACGUACCCACCAAAAAGAGACUGCAAGAAUACUACUCCGAUAAUAUUUAUUGUGACUUUAUAUAUGUAUAUUUGGAUAGCCAAAGGUUUUUUUUGAUUUUUAUGUAUAUGCCAUUUUUGCUGCUUCUUCUUUUUUUACAUUAUUGCUUGUGGAUAUGGAGGCAUUGCCAGUCUCCUCACCUUACUCGGGUGCUUAAAAGGACAUAAGGAAAUACUGGAACAGACAGAAGAUUUCCUCUUCAGCUUUAUACAGCAAAAUGAUUUUUUUUUUUUUGUUUAAUUACCUCAGAGCCGCCAAUGGGUUAAAGGGAUUUACGGAGUUAUGCAGAAAAUUAAUUACCCCCUUUUUUGUCUAUGCCAAAGCAAGCUUGAUAGUUUCAUUUGUGCUGUCAGGUUAUAUAUACUAACAUAUCUAGAUUUUUUUUGUUUUGUUUUGUUUAUUUUUUUCUCUAGUUCUCCUGCCAUGGAAAUGUGAGAGCACUUAAAGCAACACCGAUCCCUUUUUUGCUGCAUGAUGAGCUGAGGUGCCUUGGCAUUCCUCCAUGCCGCCCCUUUAACAUGCAUUCUCCGAACGCCCCAGGGAGUCAGAAAUAGGGCUGACAUGUUAGCCAGGGCUCUGGCGGGACUCUCCCGCAAG